UUGUUUUUGUUUUCUAAGAAAACUGCUUUACCCUUUAAUGAUGAAAGUGAUCACGCUCUUCAGGAUUAAGACUUGGAGGGAAUUUGGAAAAGAAGAGAAAGAAUCGAAAAGAAGAGGCGCGGCCGGCGCUUUUGAGGUUGCCUAAUUUUUGAAAGAGAGGCGUCUGGGAGGAUUUCGCGCUGGGUGCUGGGCAGAACAACUUCGCGGACAGCGGCGCUCGCCCAUCAUGGAAGUUCCAGGUCCGCUGGCGCCUUUCUUCUGAGGACGACCCUGGCCUUGACCAUCAGCGCAGGGGACCGAGGCCAGAGGAGGCUCCCCCCGGCCCCGCGUGCUCCCGCGCGCCCUCCCGCCCUCCCCGCGCCCCUGCCCGCCGCCGCCGCCGCGCGCCGCGCCCCCAGCCAGCAUGCCGGCGCCCGGCUGGGGUCCCCGCGGGCCGCCGCUGACCAUGCCCGGGCGCCGGGGGGCGCUGCGCGAGCCGGCCGGCUGCGGCUCCGGCCUGGGGGCGGCGCUGGCCCUGCUGCUGCUGCUGCUGCCCGCCGGCUGCCCGGUGCGGGCGCAGAAUGACACGGAGCCCAUCGUGCUGGAGGGCAAGUGCCUGGUGGUGUGCGACUCCAGCCCGUCGGCGGACGGCGCCGUCACCUCCUCCCUGGGCAUCUCCGUGCGCUCCGGCAGCGCCAAGGUGGCCUUCUCCGCCACGCGCAGCACCAACCACGAGCCGUCCGAGAUGAGCAACCGCACCAUGACCAUCUACUUCGACCAGGUCUUAGUAAAUAUUGGCAACCACUUUGAUCUCGCCUCCAGUAUAUUUGUGGCCCCGAGAAAAGGGAUUUAUAGCUUCAGCUUCCACGUGGUCAAAGUGUACAACAGACAAACCAUCCAGGUUAGUUUAAUGCAGAAUGGCUACCCGGUGAUCUCCGCCUUCGCAGGGGACCAGGAUGUCACCAGAGAAGCUGCCAGCAAUGGUGUCCUGCUGCUGAUGGAAAGGGAGGACAAAGUCCACCUCAAACUGGAAAGGGGCAACCUCAUGGGAGGCUGGAAGUACUCGACGUUCUCGGGCUUCUUGGUUUUCCCUCUAUAGAUGCAGAGCUGCCCCCGAAUGGUGGGGAAUUGCCAUCUGGACCCAGGAAUCCACCCUUCCUAACACCCCGGACUCGCCAGACCAGGACAACUUGUUUCCAACCUCCUCCAUCGGACUGUGGCGGUAGAAGAGUGAUCUCCUUCUGAACCUCCAGUAUUUUCUUUGCAUAGUGACCAUUCCUCGGCUUCCUGGCCUCUAUAAUUAGUUUCAGACGACAAGGUCUUAAGGAGAAAUGAAAUGAUCGAUCUGAGCAAUUUGUCCCUGUGAUUGUAAAGUCGAUAUGGGAUUUCACUGUUGGGACCAUUGACUUUUCUUCUUUUGUUUGUACGUGGUAUUGUGGCCCUCCGUGGGAGGGGUGCUGCUGACCCUGGGAUGGAUCGCAGGCUGCAGGCUGGGCUCAAAGCAGGAGUCCUGCCAAUCACCACCCACCCGUCAGUCCUUGAAACGUGUUCUCUGUGUGUCUGUUCAGCCUUAAGAAAAAGAAUGGCUUCACUUUCAUGCUGUGUUCCCCUCCCCCCCCCCCCCCCCCCCCCGGGUGGAUGGGAGGACUCGGGAAGGGGAAGGGGACAUUGUGUCAAGAAGUGCUUUAUCCGGAGAAGCAAAUUUUGCACGAUUGGACUGCAACUUUUGUUUUGUAUUGUUUGCGUAUGUGUGUGUGCGUGUGUGUUUUUCCCCAAGAAGCUUUACUUUUCUUCCCACACACGGCUCUCCAUCCUCACCCCUGCUUUUAUCUUUUGUGCUGGGCUGGGGAGAGAAAACUGUGUGUUGAAUUCCUGGAUGAGACCAAACAACACAAAACAAAAAAUAACUGUGUAUUUUGUUUUGGAGGAGACCAAACCAAACAAAAGGUACCUGUAGAGCAAAGUGAAAAUGACAGACGGACAUUUCUGCUUAUUCUUUCAAAGAGAUUCUCUCAGAGGCACUUUUGGAACUAACAACCUGGAUUUUUUUUUUUUUUUAAUUUACAUUCCGGAAUUCUUUGAGACUGAUGUUCCUGGGUGGCCUGAAUCAUGUCAGAUGAGAAUGGAAGCUGUGAUGACCAUGGCCCCGAUCACGCAGUUUCUUUGCCAAGCGCACCUGGGUCUUCCCGGCAGCGGGUUUUUGUUCCUUUGCUCCACCUCUGGGUAAGCACACUGCGAUCAGGGCCCUCAGAGUCGUCGGGACCAACCAGUUCCUUCCCCUCAGGAUCCUCUUCUGACCUGCUGAGGUCAGGGGAUGUUGACCCUCCCCGGGAGUGCCUGGCAGGAAGCCACCUGGAAAUGGCAGUGGUCGGAGGUACUGGCAGAGGCUCCUGAGAAGCAGUUUCCCAAAUCCUUGUUGUCUGGCACCUUGUACAACAAUAUUAAUAAAACACAGCUGAGAGUCGACGGGUGCAGGAGUCCUACGCCAAGGAAAUGACACUGAUCCCAAAGCAAUCAAAGAAGAGACCUCAAAGCGGAUGUUGAUUUGUCCUUUGUGUAACAAUGUAACCAAAAUAUUGAUGAUAAAAAGUCAUAAUUUAAGAAUAAAUGGGUUUGAUGUCUGG